AAGGUCAUUUCAGGUCAUGCAAUAUUAAACAAACUCGGUACUGCAGGUAGACAGCUCGUUCGAGAAUCAGAUAAAACAUCAUGGACAGACAAAAAUGGCUGGACUUAGCAGGCUUCACAGCCCUCGGCUGCAGUGCCUAUUUUUCGGGAGCGGCCUGGUACAUCAAUUUGGUUCACGUUCCGACACUGUUCAACACAGUACACGAUACUAAAACACUGCUGAACGAAUGGAGAUUGUGCUAUUCUUUAUCCAGGAAAUACCAGGGUAAACUAGCUUUGAUAGGUUCUACGUCGGCGGUGGCAGUGUGGUACCACAGCGAGAGUGAGUACCGCUGUCUGUGGCUAGCUGCUGGCCUCGUCUUCAUCUCCGUCUGGCCUUACACUCUGGUGGCCAUGAUACCCGACAUUAACACUCUCCACGAAGAGGACAUCCUGGACAAGAAAGGAGAAAGUUGGGUGAGGGAAAAGAUUAAACUGUGGAAUAAACGACACGCCUUCAGAAGCAUCGUCUCUAGUUUGGCAUUUGAUUUAGUAGCGGCUGCUUUCUAUCUAAACCGGAUGUUGUAAAAAGGAAGUCCAUUUCAGACCGGAAGACAAAGCGUGACAGCGAUGAUGACACGAUUAAUGCAAAGAGAACGAUUACUUGUUUUUCUGUUAUUUUUUUAAAUUUCUUUUCGGAAAUCGAACGUCGCUUUUGUAGUCAAAUCCGAUCAAUUUGCAUUAGAUUCAGUAUAAUACAGACAAUGUUUGAGGGUUUGUGACACCUUACAUAUAAUUUUACUAGUAUUUGUAAUAUUUUAUAUGUUUAAAAGUACAUUGUAUUUGUAAAAUUUCAUAUACGUGCGAGUUUGUCAGAUCUAUAUAUACAUAUGCUUUGAAUUGUUAAAUUGUGGUAGGGUAGUCUUCAUCAGACUUUUGUAUGCAUAUUUUUGCCAGGAAUAUUAAAUCUUGCUUUCAUACA